AUGCUCACCACAGCCCCCCGGCUGCGCAUCCGCCGCCCCUCGCCCACAACCGCCGAGUUCACCGUCACCACGCUCCCGCCGCGGACGCUGGCCCUGCGCCUCCUCUGGCUCCUUCUCCUCGCCCUGCGCAUCUCGCUGUCCCUCGUCGCGCUGCUCAUCCUCUACGCGCGCUGGACGACGCCCGCCGGAGCGCUCCUCGCCCGCAUAGCGGCAUCCGUAUCACUCCCUGUGCUCCUGCCCGUCGCGGCGGCCGUCUUUUACGCGCUGAGCCUGAGGGUGCACAAGGAGGAGAGCUUGCUGGUCCUGCGCGGGCUGGGCGUGCAGACGAGCGAGAGCCCCGCGACGUACCUCGCCGGCGCGGCGACGCGCUUCAUCCCCACGGAGAAGAUCCAGGACAUUCUCGUCAACGAGGCGUUUCUGGGCUUCGAGGUCAGGUAUUACCUCGUCGUGGUGGUCGAGGGCGAGGAGAAUGUCGUGGUGGUGUUUCCGGGGCUGUUGCCGAGGCGGAAGAUUGUCGAGACGGUGUGGAGGGGCGUGAGGGAGUGUUUGUAUGAGGGGAGGGGGGAGGAUCGGGUUGACAAAUCGGGAAGUUGA